GUUAAUUCUAACGAUAAUGGCAAAAGCAGUCAGCCCAAAUAAGUCAUCUAGGUUUAGUUAAGUGUAGCAUCAUAUAUAAAGCUUACUUCUCCACAUUGGGCGCCCUUCUGUCUGUUGACGUUCUUGGAGCCGCAAAGGUAAGAGUUUGAACAAGUGCAUCACAGGACAAAAGAGAAGAUGUCUGAGAAAAAGGGAAGGAAAGAGGAAGUGGUGACCAGAGAGUACACCAUCAACCUCCACAGACGUCUCCACAGCUGCACCUUUAAGAAGAAAGCACCAAAGGCCAUUAAGGAGAUAAGGAAGUUUGCAGAGAAAGCCAUGGGAACCAAGGACGUUAGGGUAGACGUGAAGUUGAACAAGCAGAUAUGGAGCAAAGGUAUCAGAGGUCCCCCAAGAAGGAUCAGGGUCCGCGUUGCACGUAAGAGGAACGACGAUGAAGACGCAAAGGAAGAGUUUUUCUCACUUGUCACCGUUGCCGAAAUCCCUGCCGAAGGACUAAGUGGACUCGGCACAAAGGUCAUCGAUGAGGAGGAUUGAGAAGGGACUACUAGUCUGUGGUUUAGACAAGUUUUGGUGUUUUUCUCUUAAAUUUCUUGUUUGUUUUCAUUCAAAGAAGUCACAGUUGCAGUUUAUUAUUGGAAAGACUCAUUUACUAUAUAGACCUUGCGAUGAAUCUUUUCUUAUCUUCUGGAUUUUUCUUUGAAUCACAUUUCUAAUUUUUCUAGAA